AUGCUUUCCUUUCUUCCAGCACAACCGCAAGGGGUCACCCACGACUCAAAGACAAUGUUAGUGCACUCGAACCCAAUUCAGAUGCAGACCAUGUCCAUGGGCAAACAUGCAUAUUCGUUGUCUUCCCGGGUGUCGAUUCGAUGGCCGCCUGAGGAUCCAUAUGAGAACACCGACACCACCGUGCUCAGCGUGAAUAAUUUCUUUGUCGAUUUGCGGGUCGAAAAGGACACGAAGAAGUUGGACUGGGCGAUUGCCGGCGUGCGUAUCGUCGAUCAAAAUGACUCGAGACGAGUCACGUUUUUGCACACAAUCAACUCGCGCAGCACCUUCCAGCAUGUUGAUAUUGGCCUUUUCACGCCCAUGGACAACGGCGACGAAUUGGAGACGGGCACGAUGAUACGACCGUCCGACCCGAUGGGCGCGUUCCCACGCCAGUACGAAGAAGUCUGGCGACAGCGCACGCCCGUUACCGUACCUGGACCGAAUAUCGCAUAUGUGGUUGAAAGCGCCGGGUCUCACGUCUCGGUGAUCCAGAACAUGGACGGCAACGGAGCCGAGGAGAGCAAGGAAGUCGAGACCUUUUUGGCCAGAAUCGGCGGUACUUAUAUUGCUAUUCGCCAGCCAACUCGCAUCAUACAGACCCCCAAGGCCGGUGUUAACGGAUUCAUAUUCCAGAAAUUCGGCGAUACUGAAGGUGUCAGCGUCCGGCACGAAGAGUAUGUCCCGAAGCGAGGCUGGGUCGAGAAGUUUGUGAUGGGCCCCGAGGGCAAAGAGCUGCCCACUAUGUUGCGAGGGCGAAACGACUUUGCCCAAGCCCAGGAAGGCAAGGGAAAUUGGCGAAGGCCCGGCCAAAGGGUGCUUGUUCGGGGUGAGGAGUAUGUCGUCCGAGGAUUUGCGGACAUGUCUUGA